CAGUUAAUAAACAGCGAAAAUAAAUAAUUAUCGGGAUUUGGCUUUAAGAAAGUUGGGAAUAUUAUAAAAGCAAAUACUAAAAUUCUAGCAUAAGUUGCAUAUACGGUUUAAGUUAGGAUUAAUUUUGGUACAAUAUCGUGUAUAGCGUACUUAAAAGAAAAAUAAUGUAAUGGUCUUGCAACCGCAACUUGGGACGGCGAGGACCGGGAGGAUUGUGCUCGUCCCUUUCUUUUUAGGUGCUGGUAAUGGCGUGGGACGGAGAUGGUAUGGUUCUCUCUGUCUGUGUUUGGAAUGAGACUAUCCAAACUAUGUUUAACUCCAUGUCGUUCAUUUCUUGAUUCAUUCGCUCAUUCAUCCGAGUGUCUAUGGUUUUAGUGUGUUCUCAUGUAAUCGAUUUAAAUCGAUUCGAUUAAAAUGUGCGAUGUUGGAAACAAAUAUAAUGUUUUAGGUGGCAUUAAUACAAAGUCUAGUAAUAAUCUUCUUUUAGUUUGCAAAAAUAUGUUCUUAAUUAAACGAUAAAUAUUCCCUUUGUUAAAUCUUUGUUGGUUCUUUUUCUACUAAUUGAACGAAUAAACAGAAUCGGUGUCAUGUGUUUCCGGCGCACCAAGUGCGAAAACCCUACUCUAUGGAAUCUUCUUUCCAUUUCCCGUCUCUUUUGUCGUGUGUGGUUGUCAUGAAAUUUUUGCGGUUGCAUGGUGGCGGUCGAAUUUCCGAAAAGGGUUAUUAACUCAGAAAAUCCGUUCUAAUUGGAUCGAAACUGCAUUUCGAAGUGACAGCUUCAAAGAGUUAAAGGAGUACAGUGAACAACGAGAAACAUACCACGGAUCAAGGUAAAUAUGCAUCACGAUCCACGUGCAUAGUACCGGCGCGUUGCUAUAUUUCGGCGGUUCCGAGAAGUAAAAUUCCUUGUUGUUUGUUAAUUUCAGUUCGUGGAGGAUAAAGCACCGGUUUAGCGGUUUGGGAGGUUCGGUGCCGUGCAUAUGUAUGGGAAGAUAGUGAAACAUUGGUGAGUUUUUACUAUCUUAUACUUGGCGUAUAGGUUAUGAAUUUCGAACAUCAACUAUAGUGAGUUUGUCCUUCCGCGUGUUUCAGCACAACACAAUGGAAGACAUACUGGCUAGCAUUCUUCAAAUGCGAGAGAACAAACUUAAAAUAUAUAUUGAGGGCAUUCAAUCCGACGAAGCUGGCAAUCUCAUAAUUGAAAAUGUAUCUGCUACAGUAAGACAUUUGAAUAACCUCAGUGAUAAACUAGAAAGGGAGAUACGCCACUACACGACUGCCUCAUCGAACCCCGACUUAGCCAUAGUUAAAAAUGCCAUGGAUCUGCAACUACAGGCUGAGGACUUAAUCAUGAAUAUAGAGUCCAUGACGGUUGUAUCUGAACCUCAUGAUACAACAACGGAACGCCAAAUGAGUAUCAAACUCCCAAAACUGCAAUUACCUAAGUUUAAUGGAGAUCAGCUGCGGUGGUCAGAAUUUUGGGACCGGUUUGUUUCAAAUAUUGACAAUCAGCCCAUGGCUGAAGCUGACAAGCUUAAUUAUUUGUUAAGUAGUCUGGAGGGUAAGGCAUUGGAAGCUGUAGCGGGCAUUAGUAUAACCAAUCAUAACUAUGCCAUUGCCGUGGAGGCGCUCAAGUCAAGGUAUGGGUCAAACGAUACUCUGAUAGAUUUACACUACACUGCGCUAACCAACAUGGGACGAGCGGAAUAUUCAGCAUCCAGUUGUAGGCGUACACUAGACGAGAUCGAACGGCACCUGCGGGUACUGGAAAAGUUAGGUGAGGACACUGCAGGAAACCACCUCCGUGCUGCCAUACUUGCCAAAUUUCCAGAACAAGUUCUACACCAGUAUCACCUCAUGCCCCAACAGUCGAAGGAUAAUUCUACAUCAACGGUGAGAAGGAUUUUACUGGAUAUUGUGGUGGCUAUGGAGAAGGCCCAGACCCAGCCAAUUCCAAAAGGACUGGAUACAAAACCUGAAGUUAUUACAACGGAAGUUCUCCAAACAAAGGCUGAAUAUCCAGUACGUAAUGAUUCCAAAUAUAGACAAAGAAGAAAUUUAAAGCGAAAGGCGGACAAUCCAAUUAAAAAUAACAUACCUCCGAAGAAGACACGGUUACCUUGCAUCUUUUGUAAACUUCAAAACCAUAACAGUGUGGACUGCAGAAAGUAUAGUGACAUUGAGUCUAGAAAAAAGCAGUUAUCUGGCAGAUGUCACAAGUGUCUGAAAAGGAACCAUAAUACUGACCAAUGCCAUAAGAAGAUAAAAUGUUACCGGUGUGGUGAUGGACACCUCCAACUUCUGUGUCCAAAGCCAAAGGGUAAGGAAAAUUCUCCUGACAGUAGGCACUCAAUGGUAAAGUGCUAUAUGGCAAAUAUAAAUAAGUACAAUUUUUUACAGACAGCGGUGUCGCAAAUCAUCAACCCAAGCAACAACAAAAUAAGCAAGCAUAAGUGCAGACUUGUUUUGGACUGUGGCUCACAGAGAAGUUAUAUAACAGUACGGGCUGCUUCCAGACUACAGCUAUUACCAGAUAAUGAAGACCGACUCUUAGUGUUCACGUUUGGAGAAACCACUCCAAAGGAAAUGCCAAGCCCUUCAGUAGACAUAGUGCUAGAAACCAAACGUGGCACCCAGAAACAAGUAAGAGUAAAUAUCGUUCCACAUAUUACAGAGAAGUUACCAAUAGCUAGGUUUGAUCACUCAAUGGUUGAUCUAGCAGCCGAUGACGAUUCUAUUGGGGAAAAUGUGGAUCUCUUAAUAGGGAACGAUUAUUAUGAAGGCUUCAGACGUCAAGGGAAGAUACAACUUGAGGAAAAUUUGUAUUUGAUAGAUACAGACUUUGGCUGGUUGUACUCUGGAGAUGAUAACUGCAACCAUGCUGACAUCCCAGAAAAUACUUUAACUGUGACCACUUACUGCCACUGUCACAAUUCAAGCUGCCCUUAUUUCACCGAACCGGACUUACCCCUCAGAAAUAUUGACAUAAAAUUUCUAUGGUCUCUUGAGUGUAUUGGUAUAAAUGACUCUCCCAAGGCUACUAGACAGGAUGAGGCUGUAAAACACUUCAAUGAGACUAUACAAUACAACAAGGGCCGUUAUGAAGUAACGUGGCCAUGGAUUGAAUAUCCACCCCAGCUUCCUGUCAAUUUCGGCAUGGCGUUAGGGAGACUGAAGAGCUUGGUCAAUAGAUUGGAUUCGGCAACGCUACAAGAAUAUGAUGAUAUUCUGAAGGAGCAACUAGACGGAAAUAUCAUUGAAAUAGUUGAACCACACGGGAAUGACACCGAGCACCCUGUGCACUACCUUGCUCAUCACAUCGUAAAAAAUGAAGGAAAACGUGGAAGGAUUGUUUACGAUGCUUCAAUGAGAGGAAUGGGCAAGAAAAGCUUGAACGAAUGUCUAUACAGUGGGCCCUCUAUGCUCGAGGACCUCACAGCCCUUCUUCUGAAGUUUAGGACAAAGAAAAUAGGAAUCGUGGCUGACGUAGAGAAAGCAUUCUUGCAGGUAGGACUUCAAGAGAAGGACCGUGAUGUGACAAGGUUUCUGUGGAUUAAAGAUAUCACGAAGGACCUAACGGAAGACAAUAUGUUAUAUCUUCGGUUUUGCCGAGUCCCAUUUGGCAUUAUUUCAAGUCCUUUUCUCCUGACAGCGACAAUUAGAUAUCACAUGUCACAGACGGAUGGAAGCUUACUGAAGGAUAUAGCAAACAACUGUUAUGUAGACAAUCUAGUAACUGGAGCAAACUCUGUGAAAGAAGCACAAGAAAUUUAUGAAAAAACGAGAGAAACCUUUGGGCAAAUAUCUAUGAACAUAAGAGAUUGGUUGUCAAAUAAUAAGGAAUUUCUUGACCUUAUACCUUCAGAGCAGCAAGCAAAACAUGAAAAUACAGUAAAAAUUCUUGGAUUGUCAUGGGAUGUGAAGAAGGACACGUUGAAAUUGAAAAUUACUGAUCAACACUUUGACAAAGAUGCUCCAGCCAAUACUAAGAGGAAAGUACUUCGUACGUUAGCCCGAAUCUAUGACCCGUGUGGAUUCAUUUGUCCGUUAACCCUACCAAUCAAGACUUUGUUUCGGAGCAUCUGCGAGCAAAAACAUAAAUGGGACACCAACCUACCAGAAGACCUGGUGAAGUCUACGCAAGAAAUAUUGAAUGAGAUAAAAAUGAAUUUACACCUAGAAUUGCCAAGAUGUGUGACAAAUGUUGAUCCAGGUUUAGAGACAACAUACAUGUUAAAUUGUUUUUCUGAUGCCUCAAAGGCGGGAUAUGCUGCUGUCAUUUAUCUGACAACAAAGAGUAACGAAGGCACAUCAGUCUCGUUCUUAAUGGGAAAGUCGAGGAUAGCCAAAGGUGAAGAUACAAGCGAACUUCAUAUACCGAAAUUAGAGCUACUGGGUUUACUCAUAGCAAGUAGACUCUUAAAAUAUGUAAGGGAGAACCUAUCUCUUCCAAUAAGCAAAGAAAUGUUGUGGACCGAUAGUUUAGUCGUACAUGGAUGGAUGCGGUCAGACAAACUGUUACCACCCUUUGUAUCAAACAGAGUUGAAGAGAUCAGAAAAAACCAAAUGCAAGCAGAGUUAUACUAUAUUAACACUAAGAUGAACCCAGCUGAUGUUGCCACAAGACCUGACAGAUGGAGCCAAUCCAAAGAACUUUGGUUCAAUGGCCCCGAAUUUUUAAGACAGGAUGAAACAAUGUGGCCUACAAAUAGGUACUAUAUGAACCAUAUGACAGUCCUUUCUGUUGGGGAGGGCCUGGACCACAGUGAACACAGGAGCGUCCCAGAAACGAAUUGUGGUCCAGGGAAUGAACUAGAAACUGUUGAAGCGAAUGACAACCAGCAGAUGGAAGUUGAUGACCAAAUUGACCAGUCUGUGAGCAAUAAUACAUGUGAUGACAUACCAGAGAUUGACUCAGUACAGGACACAUCUUCAUUGAACUCAGCAGAUAGUACUAUAGUAGAGAUAAAGAAACUACAAAAGCUUCAUUUCGCCAGCGAGAUUGCAGGAAAGGUGACACAUCUGACUAGAAAUCUUGGGUUGUUUCUAGAUGUGGAUGGUGUACUGAGAUGCUAGGGACGAAUGGUAAACACUACAUGGAAUUAUGACAUGAAACAUCCCAUAUUGCUUCCCAGAGAUAGCGAAUUUACAAAUAAGAUAAUCAAGGAAACGCAUGAAAAUAAUUACCAUGUUGGCACUACACAUACUCUUAGCCUCAUUAGAGAGAAGUACUGGAUACCACAAGGUAAACGUCAGGUGGAACGAGUGGUCUCAAGAUGUCAACGGUGCAUCAAACACGGCGGUGGUCCUUAUCGCUUGCCAACUGCGCCCGAUCUACCUACCGAAAGAGUGAACUAUAGCACACCAUUCACGUACUGCGGAGUAGAUUAUUUCGGACCGCUUUAUGUCAACACGCAAACUGGCAAGCAGAAGAGGUGGGUUGCCCUAUUCACUUGCUUGGCUGUUCGAGCCAUUCAUCUUGAGAUUGUUAACGACUUGACAGCAGAAGAAUGUCUCUUAGCACUUAGAAGAUUUGCUGCCACUAGAAACACUCCACAACGAUUGUAUUCAGACAAUGCCACAUGUUUCAAACUAACGUCGGAAGUCGUCAGUAAGCCGUACUGCAUUGAAAGAGGAAUUGAAUGGCGAUUUAUACCUCAGCUGGCCCCGUGGCAUGGUGGAUUUUACGAACGACUGAUAGGUGUAGUGAAGCAUUCUCUAAAGCGCACUCUCGAAAAGCACCUUCUUGGAGAUAGCAAGCUGUUAACAGUGCUAAAGGAGGUAGAAGCUGUAGUCAACUCAAGACCACUUACUAAAAUUGGAACCGAAGUGAUCCACAUAUUAAGACCAGCUGAUUUCCUAAGUCUGGGAAAAUGCUUAACCUUGACUCCGGCAACGAAUAGUGUCUGUACGGUGGACAGUUCAAAAAUUCAAGUUAACCUAAUAGAGAGCUGGAAAAGGGGCUUGAUAAUCCUAGAGGAAUUUAAGAAAAUAUUCAUGGCACAGUACUUGACGAGUUUGAGGGAGAGAUACCAAAACUCUCCUAAACAACCAAGAAUUGUGUCUGAUUGCGAACCUAAACUGGGAGAUAUUGUUCAAAUAAAAUCGGAUCUAAGAAACCGCGAGUUGUGGAAAGUCGGAAAGAUAGCAGAGCUAAUAAGGAGUGCAGAUGGUAAACACAGGGUUGCUAAAGUUAAAGUAGGAGACUCUAUUAUGACUCGAUCUAUAGGUCAUCUCUACCCAUUGGAGACUGAAACAGAUGGCUCUCCGCGAACGGUAGCGACAGAGGAGGAACAAGCUGCAACACCUCUAGACACGCCGAUAGAGUAUUUGGAUCUGGAUGCUGUCCCAAGUGGAGGCGAUGGCAUACGGCCUCCCCAAACAAAUCCAAUACCUGAGAAUCAAGACGAGACAGUUGCUACUGAGGAAGUAAUGCCUAUACAAGAAUCUAUGAUGAACACUGAAGCAUCAAGAUCGGAGGAAGCCACUUGCAAUCCUGACGGUAUGCUACCGGAAACUAGGACUAGGAGAGACGCCGCUAUUCGUGCCAGAGCGAAAAUCUUGGAGUGGACACGUCAUCUGCUCACACUACUGCAAUAGGACUCCUUUUGGCUGUGGGAGUGUCGCGCACAGCGCGAUUCGCCAUGUAAAAGUCGAAAGAUGGCGAAAAGGUUGUGCCGCGGAAACGAGGAGAGAGAUGAGCAGAUUUCGUG